AUCCUGCCUCUGAGGGGAUUGCAGCUGAGUGCGUUCCUCUGCCUCGUACUCUGCAUCAGGAAGGGCACAGGGCUCUAGCUUUCUGAGCUAAGGUCUUUGACCCAGCGCCGGGAUGGACAAGGUCAGGGCAUGGCUCCCGGACCAAGGUCCGAACUUGGGUGUGUCACGGGAGGCACCAGGCGUGCCAUUGGGACCGGAACCCAGCAACCCAGGCCUAAUAUUGCCGCGGGACCCAACCCAGAAAGCCAGGGAAGCCUCUGACCAGGAAGGCGGUGAGCCUGUGCGUCAGGACUGCCCACAGCCAAGGGCAGGUGAAGAGGCGGACUCCUCCUCACGUCCCCCUGUGGCCAAGAGAUGGAAAGUGGACACCGAGGGCAAGAGAGGCAGGCAACGGGAAGUGGAUGAAGAGGAGGCCCAGAAGAUGAGAACCCUCGUGGCUGCUAUGAGCGAGGAGCAGCUGAACCGUUACGAAGUGUUUCGCCGCUCAGCCUUCCCCAAAUCCACCAUCAAAUGUCUGAUCCAGGCCGUGGCCGGCACGCCGGUAUCCCAGAACGUGGUCAUUGCCAUGUCUGGAAUGGCCAAGGUCUUCGUCGGGGAGGUGGUAGAAGAGGCCUUAGACGUGUGUGAGAAGUGGGGUGAGAAGCCCCCACUCCAACCCAAGCAUCUGAGGGAGGCCGUUCGCAGGCUACGCGAAAAGGGGCAGAUGCCCAGCACUAAGCACAAGAUCCUCUUCUUCUAGACCUGAGCCCAGAAGGGCCUGUUCCUGAGCAACCUGGCCCUCCGGCCGACCAGCCUCUUAACCCUCAGGCUUUCUUUCACUGCGUUCCCCAUACGGCACCCCUGCCCCAUCCCCGAGGCAGCUCCUGCAUCCCGUGGACAUUGCCACCAGGAUGGGACUUCACCAGGAUGGAUCAACUGCCUCAAAGGGGAGAGAAGACAUCCAGCACAACUUGAGCUAUUCCUUUGAAAAGACCAGUAACACGCAGAAGCGUUUCUCACCCGGAGGCAUAUUGGGGAGAGACCCGAGACCCAAAGUCUAAUUCUUUGAGACACGACCUGCCAGAACUCACCUGUGAGAAGAGACCCCUGAAAUGGCGCCUGCCUGUCUACUGGAGAAGCUGAAUCCAUACACUGUAACCACGCCUGACCGGGAACACCAGGCUCUGGUGGGUUCACUCAGGGAAUUCUAGCAAAGCCAUCCAGCUGACAUAUGAGCACCUCUGUGAUAUGCUGUCCAGGAGCCGGAAGCCCAGGGAAUUCUUUCAAAGUCACUACGGGAGUGAAGCCUUGGUGUUCCUCCGCAGAGGCAAGGCCUUCCCAGAGGACACCAGACGACAAUCUCUCAUGCGGAGAUACGCCAGUGCACUUCAGUGCCUUUCAGCCAACCACGUCUGGC